GGAAUAAGCCGGAGUGAGCGUGUAACUGAACGAUCCGAGUGCCGUGAUGUGAUUUGCAGAGAGAAGGUGUGCGAAAGUGCGAGAGGUCCAGGAAAACGCAGCCGAAAUUCACAAGGGCCGUAAGUGUGAGAGGGUGAAAGCCGGGACUCCAUGGCGGACGUGGUGGAGAGCGCCGGGACCGGAUUGGUCGGCAUGGAGACCAUGGACUGGCAGAAGCGCUGCGUUGCCCUGGAGAUGCAGCUGCUCCGGUUCCGUCUGCAGGCGGGGAAGAUCCGGGAGCUCCUGGCGGAGAAGAUGCAGGAACUGGAGCAGAGGGUGAUGGAAGCUGACCAGCGGGCAGAGAAUGCUGAAAAGCAGGUACAUUUGAUGGAAGCAAAGCUGAAAUCGGCCAACGUGCAGCCCAGCGAAUCGGAAAACUCGUUGUACAGAAGGUAUCAAGAGCUGACAAAUCAAGUGCAAGAAAAGGACGCGGUGAUAAAGAGGCUGGAAGUCCAGCUGGAGAAGCAGAACUUGGUCCGAGCCCAGGAAGCAAAGAUCAUAGAGGAAAAGGCGGCCAAGAUUAAAGAAUGGGUCAGCUUCAAGUUCAAAGAGAUGGAGAUGGAGAACCAUCAAUUGAAGAUGGCCAACACUAAGCAAUCGGAACAGAUCCUGGCCCUCAAAGACAAACUGCAGACUCUGCUGGAGUGCCCCAUGUCUCCUGGGACCCCGGCGUCUCCUCCCGCGGACUCUCACCUGGUCCCGUGCAGCCCCCUGUUCCCCCCGAGCAGCCCUGGGUCCCCCUCCGCCCAGGAGGAGAGCUGGAGACAGCCUGGUCCCUGCCCGACCCCUCCAUUCACCGUCAGCAGCCCAGAUGUGAAGAAGAAUAUUUCGGAGAGCCCCGGCUGUGCGUCCCACGGGGUCUUCCUGACCUCCUCCCUGAUGAGGUCUCCAGGCCAGGACAGGGCCGAGCCCCUCUCGCUAGGCUGCUGCUGGGACAGUCCCGCCCAGGACAGGGAGGACCCAGGGGCCAUGCUGGAGGUGCCAGAGCCCCAUGGUCCUGGGUGGGGCAGGGAGGGGCUCCCCGGAUUUGGAGGGAGCGAGGGGGCCGGUGGGAUGGAGACCGUAGAGGGGUUGUCCCCUGGUAGGCUGCACCCUGAUAUGGGCCGGGGCAGGCCGGAGACGGGGUCGGUUUCGGAGAGGGACCACUCCUCGGACGAGCUGAACAGCAAGUUCCGCUCCCAGCGCCUCCGCUCCUCCUCCUCCUCGAGCGAGACGGCCCCCCCCAGCCCCCCGGGAUCGCCCGUUCCCCCAACCCCCAAAACCUCGCCCCCGUCCCACCUCUCCCCCUCCCUCCCCCUGGUGCCCCAGGCCUUCCCCUCGGGCACCAGCAUGACCCUGCCCAAAGUGCGCACCCCGCUCACCCCCCGCGACAGCAUCCAGCUGGUGAAGAAGCACCACAGCCAGCCCCAGCCCGGGUUCGACAAGCUGCACCAGGUCAACGUCAGCAUCGACAUCGCCCCGCCGGACCUCCUCCGCCCCUGCUGCGCCCCGCUGACCCCCCCCGGCCCCCAGCGGGUGGAGGAGACCGACAUCGACGAGGUGUCCGACGCCAUGGAGGUGGGAGAGGCGACGGAGGUGGGCGAGGCUUCCUGCGACACGGUCUCUCUGAUUGGUCUCCCGGAGGAGCUGGAGUUCCUGGACCCCGACGUGCUGAAACCGCCCACCCCGCCCCUGCAUCGCUUCCCAUCCUGGGAGAGCCGGAUAUACGCUGUGGCCAAGUCUGGGAUGAGGGUGUCAGAGGCGGCUCCUGGAACCUGGUCACCCAGCCGAGGCUCCAGCCUACCCUGCUACCCUGCUGCGGGCCCCUUCACACACCUGAUCUACAAGAACGUCAGCGUGCCCGUCUACACCACGCUCAAAGGGAAGGCCACCCAGAUCAGCAGCGUGCCCCUCCCUGACGAGGACUCCGGCUCGGAGGACGACAGCGGGUCCCUGGCCAGCCUGCGCACCUCGGCCCUGGGGCCCGACCGGAAGGGCAGCACGCCCGGCAGCCCCCGCGCCGUCAAGAGGGGCAUGUCCAUGUCCUCGAUCAGCUCAGAGAGUGACUACGCCAUCCCCCCGGAUGCCUACUCACUGGGCAGUGACUCUGAGCCCGAACACAAAGUGCAGCGCACCUCCUCCUACUCCUGUGAGAGCAGCGGCCCGGAGCCCCUGGAGAAGUCGGGGUACCUGCUUAAGAUGGGGAGCCAGGUGAAGGCCUGGAAACGCCGCUGGUUCAUCCUGAGAAACGGGGAGAUCCUCUACUACAAAUCACCUAGUGAUGUCAUCAGAAAGCCCCAGGGUCAGAUGGAGCUCAAUUCAUCGUGUCGCAUCAUACGCGGGGAAGGAGCGCAGACCUUCCAGCUCAUUACGGAGAAGAAAACCUUCUACCUGACAGCCGACUCUCCCAACAUUCUGGAGGAGUGGAUCCGGGUUCUGCAGAACGUGCUCAAGGUCCAGGCCAGCAGUCCCAUCGCCGUGGAGACGGGCGCCAAACCCGCGGUGCGCGGCUGGCUAACGAAGGUCAAACAUGGACACUCCAAGCUAGUGUGGUGCUCCCUCGUCGGCAAAGUGUUCUUCUACUACCGUAACCAGGACGACAAGUGUCCGCUGGGGCAGCUGCGCAUGCGGGAGGCCGGGGUGGAGGAAGUGGACCGGUCAUGUGACUCGGACGAGGACUACGAGGCCGGGGGGCGGGGCUUCCUGUCCUCGCACUACACCCUGCUGGUGCACCCCAAAGAACAGAGCCCCACCUAUCUGCUCAUCGGGACCAAGCAGGAGAAGGAUGCCUGGCUGUACCAUCUGACAGUAACAGCAGGCAGCAGUGCCAGUCUGAAGGUGGGCACUGAGUACGAGCAGCUCAUCGGCAAACUGCUGGACGUGGAUGGAGACCUAGACUCAGUGCUGUGGAAGAGCGCCCCCUUGUGUUUCAGUAAGGAAGGGCUGCGCUCGCCACUCACCACCCUCCCCUCUGAGGCCCUGCAGACCGAGGCCCUGAAACUCUUCAAGUCGUGUCAGCUGUUCAUCAACGUGCUUGUGGAGUCGCCUUCCAUCGACUACCACAUGUCCCUGGCCCAGAAUGCACUGCAGGUGUGCCUGACACAUCCGGAACUGCAGAACGAGAUGUACUGUCAGCUGAUCAAACAGACCAACUGUCGCACGCCUCACAACUACUCCCUCACACAGGGCUGGCAGCUGCUGUCAGUGUGCGUCGCCCUUUUCCUUCCCCAGCACCACUUCCUGUGGUACCUGAGGGAGUACCUGCAGCGCCACGCUGACCCCAGGUCCGAGGUCGGGAAGUACGCGGUGUACUGCCAGAGGUCCAUGGAGCGCACUCUACAGAACGGGGAGAGGGAGGCGAAGCCGUCCCGCAUGGAGAUCCUGUCAAUCCUGCUGAGAAACCCCUACCACCACUCCCUGCCUUUCAGCAUCCCUGUGCACUUCAUGAACAACACCUACCAGGUGGUGGGGUUUGAUGGAUCCACUACGGUGGAGGAGUUCCUGAACACUCUGAACCAGAAGGCCGGGAUGAGGAAGCCAGCGGUCUCGGGUUUCGCCCUCUUCACCGACGACCCGUCUGGGAAGGACCUGGAGCACUGUCUGCAGCCCACUGUCAAGAUCUGUGAUGUCAUCUCAAAGUGGGAACAGGCCCUGAAGGAAUUGCAUCCUGGAAAAUAUGAGGGAACCCGCAUCGUCCGCCUAACCUACAAGAGCAGACUGUGCUUCAGAGCCCAGGCUAAGGGCGAGACUGAGCGGGAGCGCCUCCUGUUGGCCUACCAGGUGAAUGACGAGGUCCUGAAAGGCCACUUCCCCGUCAACAAGGAGCUGGCGCUGGAGGUGGCUGCCCUCAUGGCUCAGGUGGAGUAUGGAGACCUGGAUCGCCCUGCCGCCUCCAGCCCCGGCUCCUCUCCCCCCAAAGUCCAGCAGACCCUGGUGCAGGUCCUGGAGCGCUUCUACCCCAAACGCUACAGACAGGACUGCAGCCCGGACCAGCUCAGAGACCUCCUGGAGCGCCUGGCAACAAAAUGGACGGUCCUGCGUGGCUGCAGCAUGCCUGAGUGUGUGCGCAUCUACCUGACCGUCGCCCGGAAGUGGCCCCUGUUCGGAGCCAAGCUCUUUAGCACCAAGCCAGUCCCACCAUGUGCGAUGGAGGACCAUCCCCAGCUGUGGCUGGCGGUCAAUGAGGAUGGACUAAGCGUGCUGGAGUUCAACACAAUGCACCUGCUGGUAACCUACUCCUACCAAUCGGUGAUCACCUUUGGCGGCUGUCGUGACGACUUCAUGGUGGUGGUGAGCCAAAUGAGGGACCAGGGGUUGGGGAAGAGGACCGUGGACAAGCUGGUCUUUUCCAUGGCCAAGCCCAAGAUUCUUGAACUGACCCUCCUGAUGGCCAGCUACAUCAACUACUGGGCCUCCCCCUUAUCGCCCUGUGGCCCUCAGCCCUCCGGCCCCUGCGCCCCACUGAGGGGCCGGGGGGACAGGAAGUUGUGGGACAUCGACAGCAGACACUUCCCGUCGAUGACGCGCACCACCAAGGGCCCCACACUACUGUGAAAACACAACAAACCCCCAAUGCAUCGUGGGAAACGGAACACAAGAGAACGUUCUGUAAUCCCAAGGGCAUCACUGCAGCAGCUAAAAAAAAACAAAAAAAAAACAACCUAAUGACUUACUACCUGCGCAUCCAUCUCCCUGCUGUGAGUCAAGCGUGUUUCACCACAGAGGAAGCUCUCUAUAAGGGGGAAAUUCUGAUUUGUUAGGAGACUAUAUGGGUGGAAAAAGUUGGGGGGGAAAAAACUUUGAUGCUAAUAUUUUGGAUGUCACCGUUUCUGUAUAUAAACUGCUUAUUUUCUAUUUCCGUGGCAAAAGGGGGUGACCCUUACUCUUUCUGCUCAAACAUGUAAGCAGGCUAAUGUAUUUUUUUUGUUUGUUUAGGAGUUCACACGGUCUAGAACUCUGUAAAACAUUUAUGAUUUUUAAACCGGAAUGAGGACUGGUCUAACCGGCCCAACCUUGGGGCGAUAUCUACUUCGUAAGGAAGUAAUGAUAAUCAGAGACGGUGGUUUUCACACCUUUUCACGCAUCCGUGCAAGACUGCCUUUUUUUCACAGGAAAGAAAUGCAGUAAAAAAGGGAAGAUUAUUCAGCUUGCUCCUCAAGUCCCUUAUAUGGAGUUCAUGUGCAUUACAUAUUCCUUUAAAGGGGAGGCUGGAUCACCUAUGGCCUGUGCUUGAGAAUCUAGUCAGUCCGUAAGCGCUGUGACAGAUGUUGGAUCAUAUUUUGCAUGUGUCUAAACUGGCUAUGAGCUUGGCUAAACCUGAAGCCACUUUUAAAUCUGGUUGUUUUGAUAACAUGAGUGCAGGCAUCCGGCGGACGCAUUAACUUUAUAUAAGCUGUGGGUUCUUUAAGAACUGUAGAUUUUUUUAUUUCCUGGUGUGUGUACCUAUGAGAUUUAUGUGUGAAACGUCAGAGGUAUCGCGUUUACUAACAUAGUUAAACAUUAGAUACACAUCAACACACAGCAGAUAAUUGCUGUGUCAGGUAUGUAUUAUGGGAUAUCAUCCUUUAAUAUGUAUGUUGUAUGACAGAAUCAGUGUAUGUAUGUGUAGUUUUUACUAUUUUAAGUUACUGAAAAGCCUACUAUUGUUGUCAUUUUAAAGAUUGAAUGCUGAUGUUGGCAUGGGUGUAGAUCCCAAGGGGUCAGCAGGAGGCAUACCCCCCCCAAAUUGGGAAAACGUGAAAUGGUCCAUCUAAUAUUAUCAUGUUGUAUUUGGUGGUACUAAAACCAAAUUUCAAGAUUUCACAAAUUUUCACAAACUUGAAAUGAGAUCUUUGUCCUUGGACGGGAUCUACCCAGUUAACUGUUAAUUGUCGGCGCAAUGUUCAAAACAACCUUUGUUCAGAUCUCUCUCAAGGUCUAUAAAAUGGGGAGUGUUUGUUUGACUACAAAAUUCUGGUGACUGCUUUUGAGGUUUUCAAAGCAAAUAUUCAUACAUAGCAGAAGUCUUGUUAUUCUUAGUAUAGUAACAUUAUGAGCUUUAGUUGUUAUCCGCAGUAUUGAACGCCGUCCCAUCUGAGCUAAAACGAAUCUUACUUCUCUAAACGAACACAGAAGGGUUAAAACUGGUUCAGCAAGUAGAGGUAAAUGUUCUACUCCACAUGGAACAAAGAGGUUUAGAUCAGACAGAGACCUUAUCUGACUUUCAACAGAGAUCUGAGAGCUGUGUUGGUUUUUUCUUUUCUUGAUUUCAUAGGUGGAGGACCAAGUCUGUGUUCUGAUUUCAUGUUCUGUUUAUCUUUAUUCUUGUUAUUGCAAUUAAUGUUGCCUGUUUUUUUAUUUUCUAUUUCACUGAGAGGUCUGCUUUUCUGGAGCAGACACAUACAGAGUACACAGAGAAGACACAGCCUUAUUGCUGGCUAUGGAGGUACCCAUUAGGCCAGGUGUGUUAAACUCCAGUCCCGGAGGGCAACAGUGUCUGAUGAUUUUUGUGGAAAAACAGCAGUGAAUCCAGGCCCAGGAACACCAUGACAUACCUGGGUCUAUAGCCAAGCUCUGAUUAUAAAAUGAAUUACUAAAACACACUGAAAACCUACAGACACUAAGCCCCCCCAGGACUGCAGUUUGACACCCCUGCAGUAGAAAUGCAGAGGAAAAAGACCAGUGCGUGAAGGUGGGUUGAAGUGGCCCUCUUCACCAGUGCUUCACGGACAAGCUGCUCUGUGGCAAACUGAGAUAGACCAAACCUGUCUUAAUGCUAGUACACUUGAAUAUUUUUUUUUGUUUGUUUUUGUUUUGGAUUGAACCACUUUUUGUCAAUUUAGCUAUAUUUAUUUUGCUUUUUGUAGAAAGCAACAGAAUUAUAUUAAGCAAAUUGGGUCAGCCUUUUAAAUUUCCUUAAUUAUCUUCAGUGGCUGGUGUUGUUUAAAGUAGCAGAAGGAGGAAUUAAUGAACUGUACUUGACAUGUGUGCUGUAUAAGAUAAAGAAAAGAAAGUAAUGUGUCAAUGUAGGCCUUGUGCAUUCAGAG